GUAAAGGUUUUUCAUGGAUGGAGUCAGUUUGCAUCGAGAAGAGUGAAGUUAGAAGAGCAGUGCUUUAAACUGGAUUUAUUUUAAUGUUUUUACAGUCGUGUCGAAGACUGGAAUGCAUUACGUUUAAUACGUGCACGGUGUGACUGUGAAAGGAUAAAGUGAUUUUUCUGGGAAAAGUCAAAGUGGAAUGUGUGUCAGCAUAGUUGAUCCCCUGCGUGCUUCUGUCUGAAGAGUUUGAGCAGGAGAAGAGCAGCAACCAUGGACAUAGAAGACUUUCCUCCCCCACCUCCUGAAAUGUUGGCAGACAGUGUCUCCUUUGCAGGUGAAGACAAGGGGGAGGUCUUUGACUUUGAUGAUGGCGGUGAUGAUGUUCCUGAGGCUAAUCACCCACUCACUGCACCUCCAGCUCCAUUAUUCCCCAGCUGCAUGGUUCAGAGCCAGGAAAACUUGGUAGCCACCACUUAUCCCCUGGGCCAUCUCCCCAGCCCAGACCCCCCAGCACCUUCCUCUCCAUCAUCAGCAAACACAGCAGUUGCUGCAAGCAGAUCCGUCGCAGCAGAUGGAGCAGCAAAAGGAGAGUGGGCAUCUGCUGCUCAGGGGAAUUUUGACACAGAGGCAGAUUUACCGCCACCUCCACCCCCACCCCUUCCUCUUAACACAGAAGCAGAUCCCAGAAACACAGGCACUGAAGACAAAGACCGAUCCAUCGAUGCCCAUCACUCUCCACAGGAUGUUCCUGGCACCUCCUCCCAGGGCAAAGUCAACCCUUACUCAGUGAUUGACAUCACUUCCCUGCAGCAGGCUGAGCUGCAGCAGCAUGGUCCCUCCUCCUGCACCUCCUCACCAAUGGAGCCCAUGAAACCAGAGGGGGAAGCUCUGGAUAUCCACACUGGCCCUGUUGGCAUCACUUCAGGAUACUCAGUCCCAGUACCCUGUGGCUAUGCAACGCCCUCGGGUGUACCGCUAAUCACGCCGGCUUACACCACACCCGUCAUCUUUCGACACCUUUCUGUGGAUGAGGAUGUGACUGUGGUCAGGACAGGCAGCACCCCUGUAGACAGCGUAGAGAAUCCACCACUUAGAGAAGAGGAUGUUUUGGCUAAAUGGGCGUCUGAUCCUGCCAACACUGCGUGGAUGGAAAAUCCAGAUGAGGUGAUUUAUGAUGACGUACCCAAAGAAAACUCUGACUACAACACAGAUCCAGAUGAGAUGAUCUAUGAUGAUGUGGAGCUUGGUGAGGAGGGUGGCUGCAACAGCUCCCUUGACACUGGCUGGAGCUCCAGCGAGUUUGAAAGCUAUGACGAGGCCAGCGAUGGGGAAAGUCACCCUGAGAACGGCUUGCCCCAUGCUUUCAUGAGAGGGAAGCUGCCCCAGAGGAAAACCCAUCUCUCUCAAGAUCUCUCUCACUUGAAAGAACACUAUGAAAAAAAGAUGAAAGAUCUAAUGGCAAAUACAUUGGGAACUGUUGAGCUGCAGCAGCUAAAACAGAAGCACGAGCAGAAGAUGCAAAAGCUGGUGAAAGCGGCUAAGGAAGGAACCAAAGAUGGCCUCGAAAAAACCAAAGCUGCAGUGAAGAAGGGACGCUCUUUCAUCAGAACCAAGUCAUUCUGUAAUGAGAGGAAGAUGGCCUAUUUUGAGGAUGAGGAGUCUGAACUCUUCAUCGAGGUGGACUGUUUUAAUGUUGAGCCAGUGCUGUGUCCAGCACCAGAGGGCUUAUCGCAACAACAGCUUGUGAGAAGAUGUAUAUUGAGAUCUAUACUGGAAAGUGAGAAGAACUAUCUUGAUGCAUUGAAGACGAUACUAGAGCAAUAUGAGAAGCCCCUGUCCCAGAUUGAGCCGAGGCUGCUGAGCGACAGAAAACUGAAAAUGGUCUUCUAUCGUGUGCGCGAGCUCCUGCAGUGCCACUUCCUGUUCCAGAUCGCCCUGGCGAGCCGUGUAGCAGAGUGGGACAGGCUAGAUAUGAUUGGGGAUGUCUUUGUGGCAUCGUUCUCAAAGUCCAUGGUGCUAGAUGCUUACAGUGAGUAUGUGAACAAUUUCAGUACGGCCAUGGCUGUGAUAAGGAAGACGUGCAUCUCCAAACCUGGCUUCCUGGAAUUCCUCAAGCAUCGUCAAGAGACCAGCAGUGACAGAAUGACUUUGUAUGGCCUGAUGAUGAAACCUAUCCAGAGAUUUCCACAAUUCAUUCUUCUUCUUCAGGACAUGCUGAAGAACACACCAGUGGGUCAUGCAGACCGUCUGCCACUGCAGAUGGCCCUCACUGAACUGGAGACACUGGCAGAGAAGCUCAACGAAAAGAAAAGGGAAGCUGACCAGCGCUGUGAGAUCCGUCACAUUGCAAAGGCCAUGAAUGAACGCUACCUCAACAAGCUUCUGAGCAAUGGCAGCCGCUACCUGAUCCGCUCAGAUGACAUGGUGGAGACGGUCUUCAAUGAACGUGGUGAAAUCAUCAAAACCAAGGAGCGACGCCUCUUCCUGCUCAAUGAUGUGCUCAUGUGUGCCACACCCAAUAUCCAAUGUCAUGAUGGCAGUGGGAGCGGCAGUGGCAACGCCCCACUUGACCAGAAGUUCCUUCUAAAGUGGAGCGUGCCUUUGAGCUUCGUGGAGGUGCUAGAGUUUGGAUCCAGUGAGGACGUGGCCAACAGCAGCCGCUACCAAGCACCCCAUUCUGGGGAGAAGGUGGUCAUCAACGCUAAACCAAACAAGCUGUACACAGGCCCCAGUCAGUUGUACCAAGAUCUGCAGAAUCUAAUCCACGACCUCAGCCUGGUCAACCAGAUCUCAAGCAUGAUAAACAGUCUCAAAGGAAACUACCAGAAUGUAAAUCCCACAGUGGCCCAGGACUGGGUAUCAGGUCUCCAGAGGCUGAUUCUGAAGAAGGAGGAGGAGAUCAGGGCAGCUGACCGGUGUAGGAUCCAACUCCAGCUGCCUGGCAAACAAGACAAGUCGGGUAAACCCACUUACUUCAGUGCAGUGUUCAAUACUCUCAGCCCAGCCAUCAAGCAGUCAUGGAUCAGUAACUUGCAGAUGGCUAAGCUGGCUCUAGAGGAGGACAAUCUGCAGGGCUGGUUCUUUGCAGAGGAUGAUGGGAAUCAGAUCAAAAAGCAGAAACACCCUCUCUUGCUUUGUCAAAUGCCUGUGGUCAUGUCAAAGCUGCAGGAGUUCCAGGUGGAGUGUGCUCUUCAUAACCCAGAGCCCCACAUCAACACAGAGAGCACAGCAGACUCUCCUGCCAUUGGCCAUGGAUGUGUCUGGGUUGCAAGUUGCACCGGCCAGAUGGGCCAGAUAGCCAUAGUGGCUAUGCAGAACUCCCGCCCUAAGGUGACUGAGUGUUUCAAUGUAGAGUCCCGUAUCUUCUGCAUGGCCUAUGUCCCAGCUGAGAAACCUCAGGAGAAUGGUGAGAAGGUCCCUGAAAACAACCCCGUUCCUCCAGGGAAGGCCAGUGAUACUCCCAGUGUCUGUCUGGGCAUGGAAGAGGGCAGCAUCAUUGUGUAUAAGAGCAGCCAGCGGUCCAAGAAAGUGCGUCUGCAGCAUUUCUUUACCCCAGACAAGUCCACCGUGACCAGCCUUGUCUAUAAGAAAUACUGUCUGUACACCGGCCUGGUCAGCGGCUCUGUGGCAAUCUACUCCAGGUCACAAGAUGGUUUGUGGAGCUGUGAUAAGCCCAAAGUGCUGAAGCUGGGAAUUCUCCCAGUCAAGGCAAUGUUGGCUGUGGAGGAGCACCUCUGGGCAUCAUCAGGUGGACAGGUCUUCAUCAUCAGCACCCACACACAUUCUGUGGAGAGGCAGCUGGAGGCUCACCAGGAAGAGGGCAUGGUGGUGUCCCACAUGGUGGUGGCUGGGGUGGGCAUCUGGAUCGCCUUCAGCUCUGGUUCCACACUCCGCCUUUUCCACACAGAGACCCUGGAGCACCUGCAAGACAUUAAUAUUGCUACACCUGUCCACAGUAUACUGGCUGGGAACCAGAGAGUGUCAGUGAGCAGUCUCCUGGUCUGUCACGGUCUGCUUCUGGUAGGAACCAACCUGGGGGUGACUGUGGCGCUCUCUGUCCCCAGACUGCAGGGGAUCCCUAAGGUCACAGGUCGAGGUAUGGUGUCUUUGCACGCUCACAACGGACCAGUUAAAUUCCUUACCAUGGCUGCUGCUGUGUGCAACCAGCCCUCUGGCCUGCCAUCGACCACCCCUCCCACCUCAAUCCAUCCAGUAGAGACAGAGGAUCCGGAGAACACCAAGCCUCCCUCAGAUUCAGUCUGGACUCCCCCUCAGGGGCCGGGUGUGUGUUUGGGAAAGGUGGGCUGCACCACCAUGGCUCUCCAAGACACUCUGUCCUCCUCAUCCUGCAGCUCCCUAGCUCCAUCCCAGGGCUCCUUGGAGCACGGGCCUGAGGAUAGGGCCCUUUAUGACAUGCUUCAUGACCCAGCCCACCAACAGAAGGGCCCCCGCUCAAGCAAGGUGGAUGUCAGCUCCCUCCUGGUGGUGUCUGGAGGUUUGGGCCACCGCAGAGUGAACAAAAAGACCAAACAAUCCCGACAUGAGGACAACACCUCCACUAUCAUGAUCUGGCAGAUCCCUUUAUUCAAAAUGUGACACAAACACCACAUUGGUAUGUUGGAAAUAACAUUAUCAGUUUGCAAGUAGAAAAUGUAAUUCCAUUUAUGUAUACUGACUUUAAGAGUAUUCUCUCUCUUUUCAGCUUAAAAAGGCAGAGAGGAACAACUAAACAUCUUAUUUAAACCAGAACUGUAUCAUGCAUUCCACAAAAUGUCCACAUUGUUCCUGAUAAUGUUUCAUAUCAUAAAAAACCAAGGAUGAAUAAAACACUUAGUCAUGAUGCUCAAUGGUGCAAACAACACCCUGCAGACAUGUCAAUGUACUUUAUAUACUGUACUUGUUAGGGAUGUACUUGUUUGAAAAAACUGAACUGUCUUUCAUUUCACCUUCCCAUGAAGUUGUUCUGUAACAUGGCUAAUACAUUUCAUUGCUCUCCGGUGUCUGUGCCAAGCAGGUGACUAUAGGACUGCAGUAUUUAAAUCAGUGUUGAAAAGAGAUGACUUUGUUCAGUAAGGUAACAAUGGAGCUUUGAAACUGUUACGUAAAAGUUUUUUUUGUAAGAGUAGGAUUAGGUUUUGGCCUGACUUUACAUCAUAUGUCAAGGCCAGAUUUGUAAAUAUGAAGUGUGACAACUCAGAAAUGAAUGUGUAGGAGUUCUAAUAUCACAGAACGUGUUGACUUGGAAUCAAAUUUACCUUUGGAGCAGCUUGUGUGGCGCUCCAACUCUUCUGUUAACAGAGAAGAAGGGGGUGGGGGAUAAAAGGUGGAAUAUCAGUGACUGAUUUAGUUUGUCAAGGCUUGAUGAGAAUGCCUGGCUGGCCAGGUUUCUAUUCAUAAAGGGAUAAAAGAGUUGGUAUCACCAAGAGAGACUGUUUUCCUUAAUGCAAUUGUUUCUCAUAUAUUUAAAAAAGAUAAAAAGCUUUAUACUUUGUCACAAUUUGUAUGUACUUCUAUCAUGUAUAUUAAUAAAUCCAUAAACCUUGUUUUAUUGAGCAAACUUGUGUAUUUCAUGUCAAGUUGUUGUUUGUAGUUCUGUGAGCUUUUGUGAGCAUUUUAAUCAGAAUGUGAAUCUGAUGACUCUGUAAGGGAAACAGAUGUCAACUUUGUGGAAGCUUUUCUGCAGUUUUGCCAAGUUUCCGGCCAAAGAGCAUAAUAGAGAGGAGCUGAUAUUUUGGUAACACUAAUAGAUUGUCAUACAAUAGGCAAGACAAUCGGCAGCCUUGAACCUUGUAUUUCUUCCUCACUCUGACUAUGUGCAGCCAUCGGUGCAUGCAGGGAUGAGCAAUGUGCCUGAGGGCCCACAGGAACCGAAACUGAUGCAGCUCUUCCGGGAUUUUGCUGCUCAUUUCUCUUUACUGCUGAACAGAGAGGGUCAAGACAUUUUCUAUUACUUGACGCCCACGUGCACUGUUGCACAAUCGCAGUUCACUAUAUUGUCAGAUUUAACAAAAAUAGAGGAUUUUGGGUUGGAGUUGUUCCCAUGCUGCAACCCAUGGCACCCUAGGAUGAUCCUAAAUAUUAUCUGCUUUCUUGGUGGUGUCUAAUAUACUGAUUUGAACCUAAGAUAAUAUUUGACUCCUGUAAGUGAAUAUUGGCUUGUAUUUCUUAACUAGAAGUAGAACAAGGAAACACCUCAGUCUCACAGUAUGAACCACAUGACCUAAUUAUCUGUGUGUCUGGCUGGGUGUUGCCAUUGCUUGCAUAUCUGCAACUGGAAGUCCUUUGUUUUCCUUGUGAACCUUGAGGUUUCCACCUCAUUUUA